GCCGACGAGCUAGAAGGCCAAAUACGCGACAUUUCUGAAAGUACAGAUAGAGUGACUAAUGAAAUAUAUGAUACAAGGAAUAAGCUUGAACAGCGAAAAGCAACUAUUGAGGAUCUAAGCAACGAGUACAAUGACUUAAAGUCUCAACGAGAUAAAUUAAUAGAUCAGCGAAAAGAAAAGUGGAAAGAGGAUGCACAAUUAGAAACAAAAUUGAUUAAUGCUCGGGAGCAAUGGAAAAAUUACGAAAGGGCCUUGGCUAGUUCAAUGGAUAAGAAAACCAACAAUGGUCUGAAUUCUGUGAAACGCAUCACCGAGCAAUUUAGGCUUAAUGGUGUUUAUGGGCCACUUUAUGAGUUGUUUGAAUGCACAAAUAAUUCUAUGUGGACAGCAGUUGAAGUCACCGCGGGACAAAGUUUAUUUCACGUAGUUGUUGAUACAGACGAUACAGCUACUAGAAUUUUGGAUGCUCUCAAUCGUGAGCAAAACGGGCGUGUAACUUUUGUGCCGUUAAAUCGUUUGCGAACUAAGAACUAUGACUAUCCUGAAUCUGAAGGUUUUUUACCCAUGGUCAAUGUUGUCAAGUUUGAUUUAACGUAUACAAAAGCAAUGGUACAGGUAUUUGGUCGUACAAUAAUUUGCAAUGACCUAGAAACUGCAUCUAAGCUAUCUCGUGAACAUGACUUGAAUGGUAUUACAUUGGAUGGUGACCAAGUUGACAGAAAAGGUGCGCUUACUGGCGGAUAUCAUGAUGUUCGUCGCAGGCGUCUAGAAGCCGCGACAAAUAUGAAAAAAUGGAGAAAAGAAUACACAGAUCUGGAACAGCAUGCCAGAGAAGUGAAGAAUCAGCAAAUUACGCAAAAAUUGAAUUUAAUACAAAAUGUGGAGGCUAAACGACGACAAGCUCAGGAUAGCCGUGAUCCUCUUAUGCUCGAAUUGAAUUCAAAAAUAAAAGAGGAUGCAAAUUUGAAAGAGUCAAAAAUUAACAAAGAAAAAUCGUUGUUGAGUCUUCAAAGCAGCAUUAAGAUGUUAAAUGCCCAAAAGCAAGCCCAUCAGGCAGAAAUGAAUACUGAACUGACUCAAAAAUUAAAUAUGCAAGAGCAACAACGACUUGAGAGGUUGAAUGCUGAAGUUGAGCAGUUGAGAGAAAAAUUGUACAAACUGUCUACGUCACGGUCUGAGCUUGAGGGACGGAAAAACAUAUUGGAGAAUGAGUUGGAUGCAAAUUUGAAAAGGCGUCAUGAAGAGCUAUUAAUUCAAAUUGACAGUUUAAAUGUAAGCGUGGAUGAUCAACUCUGCAAUAGCAAAAAUGAAAUCGAAAGACUCAUUAGUGAAAUGUCUAAUCGGUCGAAAGAAAUCGAGAUAGAGUUGCAAGAUUUCUCUACAGAGCUAAGUCAGAAGACAUCUGAAUCUGAAAAACUAAAAGCUGAGCAAAGUAAUCGACAACAAAAGCUAGAACGACAGCAAAAGAAUGUCGACAAGUUUCUUUCAAAAAGGAAGUUAUUGUUACAAAAGAAGGAUGAAUGUACUAAAAAUAUUCGUGAGCUUGGUGCAUUACCCGAAGAGGCGUUUGAAAAGUAUAAAAACACAGACCCCACAAAGCUUUUGAAACAAUUACAUAAAGUGAAUGAAGGUCUGAGAAAAUAUAGUCAUGUUAAUAAGAAGGCGUUUGAACAAUAUAACAAUUUUACUAAGCAGAGAGACACUCUUACGAAAAGAAAAGAAGAAUUAGAUCAAUCAAAAAGGGCUAUAAACGAUCUAAUAAAUGUAUUAGAUCAACGAAAGGAUGAGGCAAUUGAACGCACAUUCAAGCAGGUAGCAAAGUAUUUUUCCGAGAUCUUUGAAAAAUUGGUACCUGCAGGACGAGGACAGUUAAUUAUGCAAAAAAGAAAUAUUAAGGACUAUAGGGAUCAAAUGGAGGAUAUCGAUGAGCGGGAGGAUCGCGAAGGUGGAUCCGUAGAUAGCUAUACUGGCGUUGCAAUAAAGGUCUCGUUUAACAGUAAAACAGACGAAGGUCUUCGUAUGCAACAACUGUCUGGCGGACAAAAAUCUUUGGUUGCACUCACUCUUAUAUUUGCAAUACAACGAUGCGACCCAGCGCCCUUUUAUUUAUUUGAUGAGAUUGAUGCAGCACUUGAUGCACAAUAUCGUACUGCUGUUGCAUCAAUGAUCCAUGAAUUGAGCGAAAAUGGACAGUUUAUUACCACAACUUUCCGCCCAGAGAUGCUUGCAAAUGCCGAUAAAUUUUAUGGAGUGACAUUUUCAAAUAAAGUAUCACGCAUAAGUGUUAUUACUAAGGAGGAUGCACUUAAUUUUAUCACACAGGAACAACCGCAAUAA